UGUCGCUCGGUCCAUAUGCACUUCCACACCGAGGGGGGAUACUUGGUGAAAAAAAAGGGAAUCUUUGAAGUUUUGAUGCAAACAAAUGUACACGUGUAGGUUCCCGUCGUUGUAAGGGCACUCGGAUACCUCUUGGAAAGUUGGACCAAACUCCAGAGGAGCUGAAUAGGAUGACAACAGCACCUCAGUGUUGGCACUCAAACCAAACAAACACAAGUGUCGCGGUUCCCACGGGAAACGCACAACACUGAUGAGGAUCAUGGGGCAGCCUGAAGGCGUGCGCCGGCGUCUCGACCUCGAACUUAAUCCCCCCCCGGGGGACGUCAGACACUUGGAGGUCGUACGCGGUCGCGCCGGCUACGGCUUCACGGUGACGGGCCAGGGCCCCUGCCUGCUCAGUGCCAUCCUGGAGGGUGGCCCCGGCGCGCAGGUGGGCCUGAAGCAAGGAGACCGCCUCAUGGCCGUCAACGGCGCCGACGUUUCCCACCUCCCCCACGAGACCGUGGUUCAGUUGAUUGGCACCUGCUGCAACGGCCCCCUGCGAUUGGCCGUGCUGGCGGAAGGGCGGAGCCCGGGGACGCCCGCCAUCGACGAGGACGAAUGCGAUGGAAAGGAUCUGUACCGAAAGGCCGGUGUGUUCCGCGCCCUUUCGGAUGACCCGGCCCCUCCGUCGGUGUGUAGCCCGGGCGAGACCAAGCCGCGGCCGGUGUCGGAGCCCGACUUGUCGCGCUGGGCCCAGCGGUUGGACUCCCUGGUGGAGCGGCCCCAGGAGGAGGGCACGGAGGACGGGGACUCGGUCUGCAGCGACCCCGAGGAGGCCGGCGCGGACUGGAGCCUCCUGAACAUGACCAUGGUGGUGGGCUACCUGAGCUCCACGGAGCUCCUCCUGAGCCACGUGGAGUCGGAGGAGUCCUGCCUGGAGGCCAUCCGCCAGUGCAUCCGCCAGCUGGGCACGGAGCAGGACACCCACACGCUGGUGCUGAUGAAGGUCAUGUUCGACUGCGUGCGGCUCUGCGACGACGCCGGGGCGGUGCUGGCGGCGUUCCCCGCCGAGAACCUGCUGCUGGGCGCCGUCUGCGCCGAGGACGGCCGCUUCUUCUGCCUGGUCACCACGGCGCACGUCUCCGACGUCCGGCCCCCCCAGGAGGGCCCCCUCCGGGCGUCCUGCCACGUCUUCUUCGUCGACCCGGAGCUGGGCUGCCACCGGGACCACAUGGCGAUCGCCGGGCGCUUCGGGUUCCGCUGCACCCCGGAUCCCGACGCGGCGGGCUGCCUGGAGUUCCCCCCGGCCCCCCAGGAGGUGCUCCACUUUGUGUCGGUGCUGUACGGCGACAUGGGGGAGGCGGUGGAGCGGAUCCGGGUCCGGCUGGACGCGGAGGCCCUGCCGCCGGCCGCGGAGGACGAGGACGAGGACGUGGACGAGGAGGGCCGGGGCACGGGCAAGGGGGGCAGCGCCAGCAGCACCGGAGACAGCGGCAUCGGGAACGCCUCGCCCCCCGAGGAGCGGACGGAGCGGGACUUCCCCCCAUUGGCCGAGGCGCCGGGUGGGAGCCACGCGGGGGUCCACCUCCCCAGCUGUCCCUGGGAUUACCCGGCGGAUGAAGAGCUCGCCCCGCGGGGCCGGGCCCAGACCACCCCCAGCCUCCACUGUAAUCCCGACAGCCAGCUGGACGAGGGCUUCCCCCUCACCGAGUCCCUGCCCGGGCCGGACGCCCUGAGCGGCUUCUACGGAGGCCCGCCCCCCAGGCUCGAGUUCCAGUUCAAGCCCCCGCCGCCUCCCCUGCCUCCGGGGAAGAAACAGAACUUUCUCCGGGGACCGCUCAGGAACAGCCAGAGGUGGUUCUCCAGGCAGAAGGGGCCCAAAGGACACGGCGGGGCCCCGGAGCCCAAAACAACGGUGGCGGCUAACGUCUGGCCCUCCAGCGUUAGCCUUGCCGGCAUUAACGCCAACUUCCUGCCCCCGCCCAUGAGCCACAUCAAUACGGACGGCUAUGGUCUGGGAAACCCCGGCGCGAUGCUGCCUCCCAAAGAAGACUGGACCAAAAGGUUCCUGGAACAGAGCACGAGACACGCGAAGGAAGGCCACAACAAAGGCCCCAGGUCGUGGAGCAAGGGGGCCCGUUCGUCCGGGCGCCGCCCGGGACAACGGCUCAGCAUGGCGCGCUCCCUGGACGACCUUGAGUCAGCGGCUUCGUCGGAUGGCGACUAUGGCGGCGGCGGCGGCGUGCAGCUCCAGGGCUGCUGCAGCCAGAGCAGCCUGACCAGCAACGGCAGCCUGCCGGCGGCGGCGGGCUGCCACCGCCGGCUCUCGGACCAGAGGGUGGCCAGCUGGGCGGCCUGCUUCGAGAGGCUGCUGCAGGACCCCAUCGGAGUGCGCUACUUCUCGGAAUUUCUAAAGAAGGAAUUCAGCGAGGAGAAUAUCUUGUUCUGGCAGGCCUGCGAAUACUUCAGUCAUGUCCCUGCAACCGAUAAAAAGCAGUUGUCCCAGCGGGCGGGGGAGAUCUAUGACAGCUUCCUGUCCAGCAAGGCCACCACGCCGGUCAACAUCGACAGCCAGGCGCAGCUCGCCGACGACGUGCUGACGUCCCCGCGGCCCGACAUGUUCAAGACCCAGCAGCUGCAGAUCUUUAACCUGAUGAAGUUCGACAGCUACUCGCGCUUCCUCAAGUCCUCGCUGUACCAGGAGUGCAUGCUGGCCGAGGUGGAGGGGCGCGCCCUGCCCGACCCCUACCAGAUCCCCUGCAGCCCGGCGCCCUCCAAGCACAGCGCCAGCUCAGAGCGCUCUGGCCUCUCCACGCCCAAGAAGGAGGCCAGGAAGCCGCGGACGGGGCGCUCGAUGACGGAGGACGCGCAGGGGGAGAGCGCCGACAAGAAGCGCGGCAUGUUCUUCUCCUGGUCCCGCAACCGCAGCUUCGGCAAGGGCCCCAAGAAGAAGGACAUCGGCGACGUCAACCUCGACUACUGGGGCAGUAACGGCCGGCGGGAGUCCCAGGGCUCGCUGUCCUCCGGUACCAGCAUGGAGCUGACCCCUUCCUGCUCGGCCGGCAAGCUGGAGACGGACAACCGUCAGUCGGUGGCGGGCUGGGACCGGGCCCCGGGCCCCGGGCCCCAGAAGCAGUGCAGCGUGACCCUGCCGGACGGCUCCUGCUCCGUGGUGGUGCUCCGGGGCGGGGCCACCAUCCGGGAGGUUCUGAGGGACCUCUGCCACAACAUGGCCGUCAACAUGGCCGCCGUGGACCUCUUCCUCGUGGGCGGGGAGAAGCCGUUGGUGUUGGACCAGGACUGCAUGACUCUGAGCGCCCGGGACAUACGCAUGGAGAAACGCACCUUGUUCAGAUUGGACCUGGUUCCCAUCAACCGCUCGGUGGGCCUGAAGGCCAAGCCCACCAAGCCCGUGACGGAGGUCCUCCGCCCCGUGGUGGCAAAGUACGGCCUCCACCUCAGCGACCUGGUGGCCAAAAUAAGCGGAGAGAGUCAGCCCCUGGACCUCGGAGCCCCCAUCUCCAGCCUGGACGGGCUCCGCGUGGUCCUGGAGAGGGCGGACCCGGCCUCCGGGAAAGCAGAGUCCAAGUCCAAGUCCAACUCCCUAAAAGGCUACCCACCCACCAGGAGCCUGUCUGCCACGAAUUCUUCGAGCUCCUGAGCCGCGCGCAGAGCAGCCGCGCCAACGACCAGCGCGGCCUCCUCAGCAAGGAGGACCUGGUGCUGCCCGACUUCCUGCGGCUGGCCCCUCCC